CCGCGGCUGCCUUUACCCCACGAGGUUCAGGAACUGUAACCCCCGCCGUCAUAUCACACAAUAAAGAGCCAUCCGGGGACAUGAUGCAUCAGCAGGCCUUUCAGCCGACUCAGGCAUUUGCUGAGUUCAUACCAGGACAAAACUUCCUGACAACCACGCCCCAGCUGCAAGCGCAAAUCGGUGCCUACAAUGACCCUUUCAUGACACAAUCGGCGCUGCAUGGUCUGUCAACCGCGUCGGUACAGGUCAAUCCAUACGCACAAACAAACGCCGAGGCCGCAGCCCCACAAUUCUAUCAAGACGCUUCGAGUUACAAAUAUCCAUUGAACUACCAUCUCUACACACCCAUUGGGCCGCAACGAGCAAACAUCCUUCCCUAUCAGCGAACUGCGGCGGACUUUUUCAUUCCGGACGAUCUCAGAGAAGAUCUACAAAGGAAAUCGGAAGCUGCGCUCCAGAGCUUUGCCAACAGCACACUUCCUCAGACUGUCGAAUACUUCCAUUCUCUGGUGGCACUUGACACGGGUCAGCAGAAAGGCGCAGCGACUUUUGGAUAUUCAAGCUGGGUCUAUAAGGCUACCUCGUACCGGGAUGGCCGCAUCUAUGCUUUGCGGCGCCUAGAGGGCUUCAAACUAUCUAAUGCACAUGCCAUUCGCUCUAUUCAGGCGUGGAAGCGCAUCAUCAGCGCCAAUUUGGUGCAGGUCCAUGACGCUUUCACCGGACGAUGGUUCGGGGACAGUUCACUCGUCGUCGUGACUGAUUAUCACCCCAGAUCGCAGACACUGGCGGAAAAGUAUUUUGCACCCGGCAGAAACGUACGCCUGCCAUCUCAACAUAUCGAAGAAAGUGAGCUCUGGGCAUAUCUCGUCCAGUUGGCGAACGUUUUGAAGACGAUCCACGAAGCUGGCCUUGCUGCACAAACGAUUACGCCCUCCAAGAUUCUUGUGACGUCCAAGGGCCGCAUUCGACUCAACGGCUGCGGGAUCUUCGACAUUCUGAACUUCGAACAAAGACAAGCGCCCCACGAGUUGCAGCGAAAUGAUCUCACUAGUCUCGGCAGGCUGGUGCUCAGCAUUGCAGCCCGUAGCAUUAAUGCAAAUGCGAACACAACCCGAUCACUGGAACAAGUGGGCAAGACGUAUGGCGAGCGCCUUAAGACGUGUCUCCAGCGACUCGUGCUACAAACUUCCGCGACGCCUGGCGACCAGUCUGGCCAGUCAGGCGAGUUUACCGUACAGUCACUUUUGACCAACAUCGCAGACAAGGUCAUGAGCACCCUCGAUAGUGCAUUCGAGGAGAAUGACCAGACCACAGCUGUUCUCAUGCGCGAACUCGAGAAUGGCCGGCUGGUCCGACUCCUAGCGAAGCUCAAUAUUAUCCUAGAGCGGCCGGACACUAGCAGCACGCCUAUUGCUAGCAACAACCCAGCGCUUCUGAACCAGCCCGGUUCUGCCUGGUCCGAGACGGGCGAGCGCUACUACCUCAAACUUUUCCGUGACUAUGUCUUUCACCAGGUGGACCACGAAGGACGUCCAGUUCUCGAUCUUGGCCACAUCAUCACCUGUUUGAAUAAGCUGGAUGCUGGGAUCGAGGAGAAGAUCCAGUUGGUCAGCCGAGACGAGCAACAUGUCUGUGUCGUAAGUUACAAGGAGGUCAAGAGAGGCUUCGAGAGUGCCUGGCAGGAGAUCCACAAGGCCGGGAACCCGACGAGGAAAUAGGGUUCCCUCGAUCGAAUUCACGAGCCCUUGAUGCAUCGAGCAAAGAGCGAGACGUGUCUCGUUGCGCGCGCGAAAUCGUGCUUGAACAUUGGAACACACGGUGCAAACGACAAUUAUCAGAUCGCCAGCGCCGGCGAUCUCCUGUAGGUAUCGCGGAAUCAUAGAGAAGGGGCUAAAGCUUUGAAGGUCGCCCUCGACUUGUG